UCGCGUCCACCAGUGUAGAGUCGCGCGGGAUCGGAGCGCGCUGCGAACUCGCCUCCUUAAAAGAGUGGAGGUAAACGGACAAGUGUUCCGCACGUCGCGGGCGGGAGAAAGAGAAGAAGGGGGAGGAGAGCGGAUCAUUCCAGCUGGCGACCUGUAGUGGAGGCUCGGAGCGAGAGCAAGACGAUGGCACAGCGCCUGAGCAUCCACAACACAUGGGAGUGGUUACUGCGACCAGUCCCCCGAAGCUGCGACGCUCUCGCCGGCAUCAGCGCGCAACUCAUGUCCGCACCACAGCGGCUCGGCUCCGGAGAGAGAUUGUCCAUGAUUCUUCCAUGAUCAGUCCAGUUACCAACGCAGCUUUCUUCUCCCUCUGCCAUGGUGACAUGACCCGCCUCUGAGCCACCAGACGAGAUUCGUGGGCCUCACAGCUGCUUCUUUAACGCGGACCUGUUCGACAAUGACGGUGGCCGUGCGCUUCCGUCGGCACCUGCGGAGGCUUCUGCUCCUGCUCGCCUCCUGCUGCCUCCUCUCGCUUCUCCUCUCCGCCUACUUUCUCUUCACGAACUCCUCGCCGUCAAUGCCGCUGGGCCAGUCCCAGGAGCCGGCUUGCUCGCAGUCCCUAUCCAUGUCCCCGUAUCGCCAGCUCCCGUACCCGUACCCACCCAACCCGCCACAUACUCAUGUCCACACUGACAACGUCGUGCUGGUGCUGGUGGAGUCCCAGUACUCUCAGCUGGGUCAGGACAUCGUGGCCAUACUGGAGUCGGCUCACUUCCAGUUCCGUAUGGAAAUAGCCUCAGGGAAGGGCGACCUCCCACCAUUGACAGAGAAGGGGAGAGGACGCUUUUCGCUUAUCAUUUAUGAGAAUCUAUUAAAGUAUGCAAAUGCGGACACGUGGAACAGACAGUUGCUGCAUCAGUAUUGUACCGAGUACCGGGUGGGGAUCAUAGGUUUCUAUCGAUCCACCGAGAACUCGCCACCGUUGCUCAAACUCCGAGGCUUCCCCUUGGUUCUUCGUACGAACCAAGUGCUCUGGGACAGCUGUGUGGUGUCGAGCUCCCCGCUGCUGCACAUCACCAAGCCUGGGACCGAUCGAGGGGCCUUACCUGGAGAGGACUGGACCUCAUUUUCGUCCAACCACUCCACAUACCAGGCAGUGUUGCACGCUCGGGCCAAAGAAGGAGCAGGAGGCGGCAGCGGUGAUCAUCCGGGACCUGGCUUCACUCUCGGCCUGCAGACCACGGUUGUGCAGGACAUGGGGAUUUAUGACGGCAUCAGGAGGGUGUUUUUCGGACAGGGACUUGGCUACUGGCUUCAUAGACUCAUCCUGGUGGACGCCAUCUCCUACCUCACUGACAGGAAGCUCUCCCUGAGCCUGGACCGGCACAUAUUGGUGGAUAUCGAUGACAUCUUUGUUGGCAAGGAAGGCACGCGGAUGAACACCAAGGAUGUCAAGGCUCUGCUGGAGACGCAAAGACAACUGCGCUCACAGAUCUCCAACUUCACCUUCAACUUGGGCUUCUCUGGAAAGUUCUAUCACACUGGCACGGCGCAAGAAGACGAGGGAGACGAUCUGCUGCUGGAGUACGUGGCUGAGUUCUGGUGGUUCCCCCACAUGUGGAGCCACAUGCAGCCGCACCUCUUUCACAACCAGUCGUCGCUGCUGGAGCAGAUGGUGCUCAACAAGGAGUUUGCUUUGGAGCACAACAUUCCAGUGGACAUGGGUUAUGCCGUCGCUCCCCACCACUCUGGGGUCUACCCGGUGCAUCUGCAGCUGUACGAGGCUUGGAGACGUGUCUGGAACAUCCAGGUCACCAGCACAGAAGAGUACCCCCAUUUGAAACCAGCCCGCUACCGCAAAGGCUUCAUCCACAACAACAUCAUGGUGCUGCCUCGCCAGACGUGUGGCCUGUUCACUCACACCAUCUACUAUAAAGAAUAUCCCGGCGGACCCAAGGAGCUGGACAAAAGCAUCCAAGGCGGAGAGCUGUUCCUCACGGUGCUGCUGAACCCGAUCAGUAUAUUCAUGACCCAUCUUUCCAACUACGGCAACGAUCGUCUGGGUCUCUACACGUUUGUUCACUUGGCCUCCUUCAUUCAGUCGUGGACCAACCUGAAACUGCACACGCUGCCGCCUCUUCAGCUGGCGCACAAGUACUUUCAACUGUUCCCCGAACAAAGGAACCCCCUCUGGCAGAAUCCGUGUGAUGACAAACGACACAAAGACAUUUGGUCGAAAGAGAAAACCUGCGACAGGUUGCCCAAGUUCCUGGUGAUAGGUCCACAAAAGACAGGAACCACUGCACUGUAUCUCUUCCUGCUCAUGCAUUCCUCCAUCUUCAGCAACUUCCCGAGCCCAAAGACAUACGAGGAGGUCCAGUUCUUCAACACCAACAACUACCACAAAGGAAUCGACUGGUACAUGGAGUUUUUCCCCCUCCCCUCGAACAUCAGCACGGACUUCCUGUUUGAAAAAAGCGCCAACUACUUCCCUUCUGAGGACUCCCCACGGAGAGCAGCUGCCCUGCUGCCCAAGGCCAAGAUCCUCACCCUCCUCAUCAACCCGUCCGACCGGGCUUACAGCUGGUACCAGCAUCAAAGAGCUCAUGAGGAUCAUGCCGCCUUGCGUUACUCCUUCUAUGAUGUCAUAAGUGCGAAACCAGGAGUACCUGCUGAGCUGCGGUCUCUCCAGAACCGCUGUCUCCUGCCUGGACUCUACUCCACUCACCUGGAGCGGUGGCUGACUUACUACCCGGCCAGCCAGGUGAUGAUCAUAGACGGCCACCAGCUACGAUCAGACCCCGCUGUGGUCAUGGAUGAAGUCCAGAAGUUCCUGGGAGUCACGCCUCAUUUCAACUACUCGCAGGCCCUGACGUUUGACCCUCAGAAGGGCUUUUGGUGCCAGCUGCUUGAGGGAGGGAAGACAAAGUGUUUGGGAAAGAGCAAAGGGAGAAAGUAUCCCCCCAUGGAUCCAGAGGCUCGAGCAUAUCUGUCCAGGUACUACCGGGAACACAAUGUUGAGCUGUCAAAGCUGCUGCAUCGACUUGGACAGCCGCUUCCCUCGUGGCUGCGAGAGGAGCUGCAGAAGGUUAGAUAACCUUUGCGUCGAUGAGCCGAGGUUAAAGGCCAAGGGUCAGUCACAGGAGUGCAUCCGACCUUCAAAUGCAUCCACGAGACAGUGGCCUGUCAGCGGAGGUGGAGACGAGGACACGGUGCCUUGUUCUUACGUGGCCCGGGCAGGAGACAAGGACGAAGAGACAGAGACUGAUAAUCCUGGGGCGAGGAAACAGGACAGAAGAGGACGGAGUGAAGAGCAGCGAGGCACGUUCAUCAUGUGUCGCCCGAGACUGACCUGUGAAUAACCUGCUGUUCAGUUUUCCACUCUUUAUUUAUCACACCGAAACGCCGCUGGUCAGCUGUGUGUGGUUGCCAUGGAAAUACUGUUGCACUAAGUUUGGUUCCCCAUAUCUGUAACAUGGCUUUUCCCACAGGCAGAAUAAAUACAAGAGGAGCGUAGGUGCGUACUUUAAAGAACGAGCACAGACUCAGGGUGUUUUUUUUUUUUUGUUUCUUUCUUUCCUUUUCAACAGAUUUAUAUUUACCUUGACGAUUUUCUACUGUCUCUGAUGUCAGCUGAGUUAUUAAAGAUAAGUUGCCUGCUUGUUAUUUUUCUAGAACAGCCUGCGUUAUAAAUGGAGACGAGUUGAAACGAAAGACAACGGAGGAGCCAUUCGAACACAAGGAGACGUAAUUGCAACAAACAAGUUGCCCACUUUCGUCCCUUCUGCCAUCAUUGUUUGCCUCAAAUUGAAUGCAAAAGUGUCCAUAACAAAAUAAAAAGAUGGAUAUUACAA